UGUAAAGUUUUUGCCCACUGCUGACGUAACACUGUAGUAACAAUAAUGGCUGCCCCUAGCAGUAGGCAAGUUCUCCGGCGCCUCUGUCAAUUUGGCGCCUUUAUUUUGACGCGAUUUGGUUUCUGGAACUGCUUUACAAUGCUGAUGCUCUUUGCGGAGCGCGCGGAUGUAAAAAGGAAACCUGACAUCCAGGUUCCCUACUUGUACUUUGACAUGGGGGUAUCAGUUCUUUGUGCCAGCUUCAUGUCCUUUGGGGUGAAGAGGAGGUGGUUUGCACUAGGGGCCGCCAUACAGUUAGCUAUCAGCACCUACGCUUCUUAUAUUGGUGAACAAGUGCACUAUAGUGACUGGCUGAAGGUAAGGAUGCACUCCAGAACCCUGGCUAUCAUCGGGGGUUUCCUGGUCCUAGCCAGUGGUGCGGGGGAGGUAUACAGACAGAAACAUCGCACCAGAUCGCUGCAGUCCACCGGACAGGUCUUCAUAGGGGUCUACCUCAUCUGUAUGGUGUACUCCCUCCAGCACAGUAAAGAGGACAGGAUGGCCUACCUGAACCACAUCCCUGGUGGGGAGAUCACCCUAAUGCUACUGGUGGUGCUGUUUGGAGUGCUGGCCCUGGCCUUCCUCUCUGGCUGUUAUAUCCGUCUAGCUUCACAGAUCCUGGCAGUGGUCCUGCCCCUCAUCCUGCUCUUCAUCGACGGUAACCUGGGCUACUGGCACAACACACGCCAUGUAGAGUUCUGGAACCAGUUGAAGCUGAUGGGGCAUAACGUGGGUAUUUUCGGGGCUGUGCUGAUUCUGGCUACAGAUGGUUGAAUGGAAUGGACACCUUGGCAGACUAUCAGAAGAGAGGCCAAUACUUAACAUGUGACUGAAGCUACAUUUAGUGUUUCAAAUGGCACCCUAUUCCCUAUAUAUUGCACUACUUUUGACCAAAGCUUUGGCCAAAAGUAAUGCAAUAUAUUGGGAAUAGGGUGCCACCUGGUCAAAAGUAGUGCACUAUAUUGGGAAUAAGGUGCCAUGUGAGACUUAUACAGUCUUUCUGGAUCCUCAGAUGAACUGAUCCUCACUUACAGCAGGAGAUAAAUGGUGAUUGGACGCUAAUCCCUGCCUGACAGACAGCCAUGUGGGUAGACCUUAUCGUUAACUACCUGUCCAACUUUGCUUCUGCAGAAAAUAGAUAUGAGCCCUGUUGAGUUUUUUUUAUUUUAUACUGAACAAAAAUACAUAACGCAACAAUGAACUAUUUUACAGUUCAUAAAUAAGGAAAUCGGUCAAUUCAAAUAAAUAAAUUAGGCCCUAACCUAUGGAUUUCACAAAAGGGCUUUAUUACAGACAAAUACUCCGUUUCAACAGCUGUCUGGGUGGCUGGUCUCAGAUGAUCCCGCAGGUGAAGAAGCCGGAUGUGGAGGUCCUGGGCUGGCAUGGUUACACGUGGGUCUGCGGUUGUGUGGCCCGUUGGACGUACAGCCAAAUUCUCUGAAACGAUGUUGGAGGUGGCUUAUGGAAGGGAAAUGAACAUUAAAUUAUCUGGAAAGAGCUCUAGUGGACAUUCCUGUAGUCAGCAUGCCAAUUGCACGCUCCCUCAAAACUUGAGACAUUUGUGGCAUUGUUGUGUGACAAAACUGCACAUCUUAAAGUGGUCUUUUAUUGUCCCCAGCACAAGGUGCACCUGUAUAAUGAUAAUGCUGUUUAAUCAGCUUCUUGAUAUGCCACACCUGUUAUGUGGAUGGAUCAUCUCGGCAAAGGAGAAAUGCUCACUAACAGGGAUGUAAACAAAUUUGUGCACAAGUUUUGAGAGAAAUUAGAUUUGUGAGUAUGGAACAUUUCUGGGAUCUUUUAUUUCAGUUUUACAUGUUGCAUUUAUAUUUUUGUUCAGUAUAUUUAACUUAAAUAAAUUAUGUUUGGAAACCUGGUAUUUACAUAUGGCUAUAGCAGAUUUCAGUUUGAGUAUUUGGGGGGUUAUAUCGUGGUUUAGUUGUCAAAUGUUUUACUGCAAUUUAUGGUAAGAAAUUAGGGGUAACUUGACAUUUUGCAUAUUUUCUAUCAAAUAAUAGAACUACAGUGUACUCCUUUUGUACCUAAUGCAAUAUGAAUAUAGGAUCAUAUUUAUUUUUGAAUAUAAUUUGUUUCCAUUCCUGACGACAUUCCUGAGUGUAGGUUGUCAUACAACUAAAUAAACAACUACUGGUUUGGUUUUGUA